CACUUCUUGUCGCUCCUUACCCUCGUUCGACUCACUUCGACGACAAUGCGUCUUUCACUUCUGACGUUCGCGGCUACGGCAACAGCAGCUGGCUCUGCUUGCCGGGCUUCGACUGGUGUCAUACCUUAUCCAACUGGGACGAAUUAUACUUUCAGCCCGGUUACUGCGCCUUCUGGCUCUGCUCCCUCUGGCUUCACCUUUUCUUCUAGACCUACUUCUGUCGGCAACAGCUCUACUUCUGCCUCGGCUUGUCGUGCUCGGACGAGUGUUACAUCUGUGGUGGCCAGUGCCAGUUCCAUCUCCAGCCUGGUCUCUGCUCCUAUCAGCUCUGUCGAGUCUGCUCCCGUCAGCUCUGCUCCGGUCAUCUCUGCUCCGGUAAUCUCUGCUCCCGUCAGCUCGGCUCCCGUCAGCUCGGCUCCCUUCGUCUCUGUCCCCGGUCCUGCUUCUUCUGGCACCACUUCUCCUUCAGGCCCUACUUCUGCCGCGUACAGCUCUGCUUCUGGGCCAGCGUCUACUCUCACUAGCUCUGCUGCAACCCGUGGUUCGACUGGAGUCAGCUAUGCUGGUGUCAACAUCGCAGGUUUGGACUUCGGUUGCGAUACCUCUGGAAACUGUCAGACUUCGAACGUAGUCGACCCUGGCCAAGACGGCAUCGAUCAGAUCAAGCACUUCAUCAAUGAUGAUGGCUUGAACACUUUCCGUUUGCCAGUCGGCUGGCAAUUCCUUGUCAACAACCAAGUGGGUGGCUCCCUCGACGCCACCAAUUUCGCAACCUAUGAUAAAUUGGUGCAAGGUUGUCUUGAUGCCGGCGCCGAGCUGUGUAUCAUCGACAUUCACAACUACGCUCGCUGGAACGGAGCCAUCGUCGGGCAAGGCGGUCCAUCCAACACUGAAUUCGCUAGCUUGUGGUCUCUGCUCGCAACCAAGUAUAAGAACAACGACAAGGUCGUGUUUGGAAUCAUGAACGAGCCGCACGAUGUCGAUAUUGGCAAAUGGGCCACCACAGUCCAGGCGGCAGUCACCGCCAUCCGUCAAGCCGGCGCAACCUCAAACAAAAUCCUCUUGCCUGGUAAUGACUGGACUCACGCCUCCAGCUACAUUUCCGACGGCUCAGCCGAAGCCCUCUCUGCAGUCAAGAACCUCGAUGGCUCAACCACCAAUCUCAUCUUCGACGUGCACCAGUACCUUGACUCCGAUGGAAGCGGUACCCACACGAACUGCGUCACCGACAAUGCCGACUCGUUCCGUGAGCUUGGAGACUAUUUGAGGCAGAACAAGCGCCAGGCCAUCUUGACUGAGACGGGUGGUGGUUCGACUGAUGAGACUUGCUUGGCCAACCUCUGCAAGCAGUUUGAUGUCUUGAACGAGUAUUCUGAUGUCUAUCUGGGGUGGACGGGCUGGGCGGCUGGAAAGUUCGACAGCAGUUAUGAGUUGGCGGAAACUCCGAGCAAGAGUGGCAGUGGAGGAUUUACUGAUUUGCCGCUGGUGAAGCAGUGCAUUGUUGGAAAGUUCAAGGCUUAG